AGCAUAUAUAGGCGCAGAUUUGUUGGUGUGCAUAGAGAGAGAGAGAGAUGGGGGCUUACAACAGUAAAGCAGAAGCAGCUGUCUACGCAAAGACGAAUGAGGAAUCACUCAAACAGAACAAAGAGGAGGUGAUGAAAACCACUGAUCAUGAGGAUCUCGUCUAUGACAAGACGCCGCUGUCUAUCGGUUCGGCUCAUACUUACGAUGAAAUGUGGGUGGAAAUCCCAAAGAACACCGCCAUCCCAACCAAGAAGUUCGAGUUCGUCACGUUCACCGCGAGUGACAACCAGGAAACCAUGACGAUAGCGUUUUACCAAGGUGAAAGAACAAGGGCAAGUGACAACAAACUCCUUGGUGCCCUAGAGUUCAAGGGUAUCCGGCCCGCUCCCAGGGGCGUUGCAAAGAUCACGGUCUGCCUCGACGUCGACGCCAAGGGCAACCUGAACGCGUCUGCCGAGGACAAAUCGACCGGGCGGAAGGAGACCAUGAGCAUAACGGGCGUCGGGGUCAGAGGAAAGCUUUUGUCGGCGGAGGAGGUGGUGGAAAUGGCUCGACAAGGAGUGAAGCACAAGUUGGAGGAUGACGAGUACCUGAUGAAGGUGAUUGUCAUGAAAGUGAUGAAGGAGUAUACAAUGAAGAUCAGAGAAAAUGCGGCGGCGGGAGCCUACUCCCGAAAAGCGGAAGACGAAUUUAGGGUUGUGGCUGAAAAGAUGCUGGACGAGCUUAAGGAGAAGGCGAAGGAUUUUGGAUUGGAACUUGGAAGGUUAUGCAUGUGUAAAACCUAGCUAGCUCAUCUGAUUGAAAUUAAUUAAUAGAUAAUCGUGGUCGGUACGUAGUUAGGGCAAAGGAUUUUGCUUUUGCUUAUUUCGAACUAUUUCUAUUUGUUCUUCUUUUUUGCUUCGUCGGUUCAUUUUAUAGUGUCUGAAAUCCGAUAAACUCCUUGGCU